AGCGUUAAUUGAAGGAUGAAUGUUUCUCGUGGGACUCGUUCCGAAAUGGCCGCUUCGUGAGCCGCGAGGUAGUUAAAAUGAAUGGUUACCGAUUUCUAUCCGCCUGGCGCCAGGCAUAGUGGUAGGAAUUGGGAGGUACAUGGUAUGCAACGAAAAGGUGUCUCAUAAGUCAAAAUGGCUGGCCCUUUCAGUAGGGGUGACACUAUAAUAAACAAGACCUUUACCUUUACCUUUAUAUUUCAAUAAUUUCCUUUUAUUUGCGAUUCGUAUUUGUAUAUUAGAUACUAAACGGCAAGAUGUUAACCAGCUCAUCUACGAAGGAAGUAAUACAUUUGAAAUCGAAUUCGUUCUAUAAAACAUGAAAAACGAGGUCUACAAGGAAGGUCGGCAUUCAACGGAUACAACCUCCAACACAGAACCACCGGUAAGGAGUCCAGCAGGACACCAAACAGGACAGGCCACACGGGGAAAAUCACAAUGAACGGACGGGAUGUCAUUAUAUAUUGUUCAGGUUUAUAACUGUUAGUUAUGAGUACAUACGUAGAUUAUAACAAAGCGUCUCGUCUCUAUGACAACCAGAGAGUUGCUGUUGGUGCCGAUGUUAUGGCUGCUAUGCUACAGUUUUACAGCGGUAAACCGUUAGAGGUUUUGAAGAUUUUGGAUGCCGGAUGUGGUACAGGAAAUUAUGCAAAAGCAUUUAUUGAAAUGGGUGCUAAACAGAUAACACUACUGGAUGCUUCGUCAAAGAUGUUAGAUAAAGCCAGAAGCAAGCUGAAAGAAUGCAUAGAAAAGGGCAUGAUAGCAGGUAUUAUAGAGGCGAAGAUGCCACCUAUGCCAUUCCCAGAUGAUACAUUUGAUGCUGUCAUGUUCAAUGUGGUUUUGAAUCAUUUGGACCGAAAUGAUAAUACAUUUACAAACAGUGUGUCAACCCUGAAGGAAACAGUUCGUUAUUUACGACCAGAAAGUCUAAUCAUCAUAUCUACCGUGCUCGAUACCGUAUCAACAAGAGUUAUAUGGUUUACACAACUUAACAUGGAUUUAACAAAUCGAUUCGUUGAAGCAUUGUGCCCACUCUGGAACAAUUUGAACAAAUGUUUCAUGACGCUG